GGACCGGCAGGUUGACAUUCCGAGCAGGUGUAAACAUUUAUCUACAAUAAUUAUAAUCAAAUCAAAUCAACUACAGGAAAAUCGUAUUCCUUGUUUAGCAAAGUCAGUAAAAACAGACGUUAAUCCAUAAAAAGUAAAGGUCAUUCGAUUGAAAAAGAAAAUUAAAUUCAAAUCGAUGGAUUGAAUGCUAUCAACGACGCGGAUGAAGAAGCUUCAAAAGAUGCAAUGACAUCAGCCAAUGUAACUGAUGAUCUCUGCAAGAUAUGUGACGGCCGAAUCGAGUGCGCUCCCACGGCGAUACUGCUCAUAUCCCUGGUCCAUACAUUGUAUGGUCACAUUGGUCCUGAGCCGGACUACUUUGGGCAGAAUAAGGACAAGUUGUUAAGUUCUGCGGAUAAGGAUACGCCAAAUAUAGGCAGCGAGGAGUAUGUCAUCCCGAAGUACCGGCCGUUCGCGUACUUCGACAAGGCGCAGAGGGAGGAGGCGCGGGUUCAAGACGGCGACAAUGACACUGCUGUGGAAUACGACUUCAUCGUGGUGGGUGGAGGGACGGCGGGCUGCGUGGUCGCCAGCAGACUGUCGGAGAAUAGGAAAUGGAAGGUUUUGCUGAUAGAAGCCGGCCCUGAGGAGCCGAAGAUCGCGCUCAUCCCAAGUCUCACCAGCGAGUUUAAGGACUCAUCCCUCGACUGGCAGUACGGAAUGCGGCCUAAGAAGGGAUUCUGCCAGAAUCGUCUGGAAAAAGGAUGUGAAGUAGUACAGGGCAGGGUCCUCGGGGGGACGUCGACUAUCAAUGACAUGGCGUACAUGAGAGGAAGCCCAGCUGACUACGAUGAGUGGGCUCUCAAUGGCAACGACGGAUGGAGCUUCGCUUCCGUGCUGCCCUACUUCAAAUAUUCUGAAGGAAAUUAUGACAAGGACAUUUACAAAAACAAAUUCUUUCACUCAACGCAAGGACCUUUAGACGUCGGGAGAUAUCCUUAUGUUGACGACAAUGUUGAUGUACUUUUAAGCGCUUUUAAUGAAUUAGGUUACAACUACACUGAUGUAAAUGGAAGAAACCAGCUUGGUUUCAUGAGAAUACAAACAAUGUCAUAUUUUGGCGAGAGAGUCAGCGCGUACACAGCAUUCCUUGAGCCUAUAAGAAAGUUAAGGUCUAAUUUAGAUAUAAUAACAGAAGCUUUAGUUACUAAGAUUAUUUUUGAAGAACAUAGAGAAGCUAUUAAAGCAUUAGGAGUAGUGUAUAUUAAAAAUGGAACAAAAGUUACCAUAAGAGCGUCUAAAGAAGUUAUUUUAACGGCAGGCGCAAUUAACUCGCCCAAGUUGCUAAUGCAGUCGGGAAUAGGUCCUAAGGAAUACUUAGAAUAUUUAAAUAUCAAGGCCGUGUAUGAUUUGCCAAUCGGAGCAAACUUCCAAGAUCACUUAUCUGUGUGCUUGCCAGUUAUAAAGCUGGCAAAAACAUCGACGAUGUGCAAGUUUCCAGAAAAACUAAAAGACAUUACAACUUAUUACUCAAAAGGAAUCGGUCCGUUAUCAGCUAACUUUCAAGUUGUGGCUUUUAUUGAAACUAACCUAUCGGAAAUUCUAGGCACGCCAGACAUAGAAGUAAGAUUUAAAGGACACAAUUCCAACAUGUACUACGAUAAGAUUGACAUGUGUUUAUCUCUGCUAACUCCUAAAAGUCGAGGUCAAGUAGUACUGAACGCAACUGACCCUAUUUUUGGAAAACCACUCAUCUACCCAAACUUUCUGAAAGAUCCCUCAGAUGAGAAGAAACUGUUGGAGGGUAUACAAGAAGUAGUGAAAUUGUUUGAUACGGAAGUUUUCAAGACUGCUGAAUUUGAAUUUGACCCGCGACCUAUACUGAAUAACGACUGCAAAAACCACGAAAGAGUUUCCGAGGAAUUUUGGUCUUGCAUCAUCAGGCAUUUUUCUACCCCUUUACAUAACUAUGCCGGAACUUGCAAAAUGGGUCCACCUAAAGAUCCGGAAUCGGUUGUGGAUAAUACCUUGAAGGUGUAUGGAUCUACAAAUCUUCGAGUGGCCGACGCAUCAAUCAUGCCAAAAUUAACAAGAGGGUCUACUGCUGCACCCGUCAUCAUGAUUGCAGAAAAAGCUAGUGAUAUAAUAAAAACAACAUGGUACUGA